CUCCGUAGGUCACAGCGCGGCGCUAGGGCAGCUGGGAAGAUGGCGGGUGUGGGCCUGGUGUCUGCGGCAACUUGGAUGCCUUGUCGAGGGUGGGGCCGGGCGGCCGUGUCCUUCGGCUUCCAGCGCGGCCUCAGCGCAUUACUUGAAUUGAAACCGGAUCGGGCGCCACGGUGGUUCCCAGCUUGCAGACAAAAGACAUCACUCUCUUUCCUUAGUCGACCAGACCUUCCAAGCCUGGCUUAUAAGAGGCUAAAAGGCAAAAGUCCAGGAAUUAUCUUCAUCCCUGGCUAUCUUUCUAAUAUGAAUGGUACAAAAGCAUUGGCUAUUGAGGACUUCUGUAGAUCUCUAGGUCACGCCUAUAUAAGGUUUGAUUACUCUGGAGUUGGAAGUUCAGAUGGUAACCUACAAGAAAGCACAGUGGGAAAAUGGAGAAAAGAUGUUCUUUCUGUAAUUGAUGACAUAGCUGUAGGACCACAGAUACUAGUUGGGUCUAGCCUUGGUGGAUGGCUUAUGCUUCAUGCUGCAAUUGCAAGACCAGAAAAGGUGGUUGCUCUUAUUGGUGUAGCUACAGCUGCAGAUGGCCUGGUGACACAGUUCAAACAGCUUCCUGUUGAGAUGAAAAAGGACAUAGAAAUGAAAGGUACGUGGACCGUUCCAACAAAAUACAGUGAAGAAGAUUACCAGAUUCCAUACAGUUUCAUUACAGAGGCUGAACACCACUGCUUGUUGCAUAGCCCUAUUCCUGUGAACUGCCCUAUAAGAUUGCUCCAUGGCAUGAAGGAUGACAUCAUACCUUGGCAUACAUCCAUGCAAGUUGCUAACCAAGUAAUGAGCAGAGAUGUAGAUGUAAUCCUUAGAAAACACGGUGAUCAUCGAAUGAAGGAAAAAGGCGACAUUCAUCUUCUUCUUUGCACAAUUGAUGACUUAAUUGAUAGCUUUAAACUGUAGUAAAGUAGAAUUACAUGCUUAGUUGGUAUGAAGACUAAUAGAGGCAGGUAAUUGGAAGAGGGAUAACAGAUGAAAGACCCUAAUACUUAGAAAGCUUUUUCCUCUUAGCUCUGAUUUGUAAAUAUCACAUGAGUAUUUAUUUAAUGAUGUAUUUUCACAGUGAUACAAAUGGUAAAGAAAAUGCCAGCUGCUGUUUGGAGAAUUUCCUCCUCCCUUCAAUCCUUGAUUUUUUUUUUUUUAAUCUAAAUGUUUCCUACUUUUUAUUUAAGAGAUGUUUACGUUAGAAUGCUUAUGUUAACUGUUCCAGUUCAUAACAGUAUUCUCUUCUACUUAGAAUUGCUAAUAAAGCUUUGUUUGGUAUCAGUGUAUAUGGAGAUUUGUAAAAUAACUUGUUAUUAAAAUGCAGUUCACAAAGUAAAGAAAAAUGCUUAUUGAAAUCUAAAGUAAUUAGUGAAAAGUCUGAAACAUAAUAGAGUUAAAAAUAAGGCUAUUUCUUUAUAUAUUAUAUUCUUCAUGUUCUAUUUGAGCUUGAAAUUAAGGUUAUCUUUUAAAGGCUUAAAACUUUACAGUGAUAGGGCCUCCCUGGUGGCGCAGCGGUUGAUUGCUGGGUUGCGAAGCUGCCCGCGGCCUCUGCAGUGAGGGUUCUAUCCCCAGCUACUCCCCAGAGGAGGGUCCCACAUGGCGCGCAGACCUCUCCUGCCACCCGCUGCUCCCCUCAGCAGUGUACUUCGGUCCUUCUGUCUGCUCUGCUCCCCGCUCUGGCUCUGGUGAAUUCUCUCACCCUCCCCGCUUCUGACUGUACCCAGUGCUUGUAUAAAUAAAUUAAAAAAAAAAAAAUCUUAAAAAAAAAAAAAACUUUACAGUGAUAUAAAGGAUUUAGGGCAUUUCUAAAUUUUGUCUUAUAGUCAUAUAUUUCAAUGGGGCGUUUGAUAAUGUAGCACUUUGAUAUUCUAAAGAGGAAAAUUUUUUUUUAAAGAUUUAUUUUUUUAUACAAGAACUGGGGUACAGGCCCGAUCUGCGGGAGGGUGAGAGGAUUUACCAGAGACAGAGUGGUGAACAGAACAAGUUGACUGACGAAAUACACUGCUGAGGGAAGCAGCGGGCGAGACAGGAGAGGUCCGCCGUGCCAUGUGGGACCCUCGCUGUCAGGCUGGGAUCAAACCAGUGCUGCAGAGGCUGCAGACAGCUCCACAGCGCUGCACUCAACCCCCUGUGCCACCAGGGGAGGCCUCUAGAGGAAAUUUAUUUUUAUAUAUUAUUGCCUACCUACAGAAACUAUCUUUUUUUUAAAUAAAUUUUAUUUUUAUAUUCCCCAUACAAUUGCAACCCCCUUAUUUUGACCCCAAUCCCUCCCCUCCCCGUCUCCCAUCCCCCAUAGAGUGUCUCUGGUUCAUAGUUUUUUGUUGAUUUUGAUUUUCACUUUCUUAUAGUUAUUCAUUUUCCUGGUCCCUUAUUUAAGUUUUCUAGAUUCCU